AGCAGCAGCUGGAAACACACAUGCCACGCUCUCGCGCACGCCCGAAGCGAGCCAAGUCGCGGCCAAAGGUGCGGCAGAGGAGCAAGGGGAAGAAGACGGUCCUGCCUUCUGAGAACAGCGGUGCCAUCACCAACAGCUCUCACCUUUCAAAGUAUGACGUCUCCAAGUCGCAGUACGAAAACUACAAGGAUCUCGGCCUGCUCGCGGAUGCCAACCAGAUUGGAGCGGUUCGCGGCAGCAUCCGUGGCUUCAAGCCACGGCUCAAGGGUCCGACCGCGGAGCCGACCGGCGAGGAGCACCACCCGCUGGAGGACGAGGUGAGGCCUUCGGUCCCGACCUGCCGGCCGGUGCCGGCGGGCGAGAGGAAGGUGCUGCAGGACCUGGUCUCGCGCCACGGCGACGACUACGCCGCGAUGGAGCGCGACAUGAAGCUCAACACGCACCAGAAGACGGCGCCGCAGCUGCGACGACGCAUCGCAAAGAUGCGCGACGAGGACAGCGCCGCUGCGCUUGCGGCAAGCGAGGCGGAGGCGGCGGGCGCUGCCGCACCGGUGCGGCAGAAGCGGAAACGCACCAAGAAUCCGAACCGUGCCUUCAAACGGAGAAGCACGCACUUUUGCUAGUAUACAGGAGAAUCGAGAGCGGACGGACAUGUUUUAAUCGAGAGCGGACGGACAUGUUUUAAUCGAGAGCGGACGGACAUGUUUUGUGAUCUGUGAUCUGUG